AUGGACCUCACCAUUGUAUCUACGCAAAAGGUUCUGUCGUGGCUGACAGAAAAGACGAGCGUGGCAAUGAAAGUUUCGCCUGUGAAGAUGGCCCUCGCGGGCCUUUGGGCAACAUCAUACGUUGCCGGCGAUCUUCUCGGGAUACCAACACUGCCGUACAGCGUGUCGGACGGGACUUAUGACUUGUCCAGUGUCCAAAACAUCGUGGUAGAUGCCCAGUAUGCCUCGUCCGUGGAUGAUUCAAUGGCUACCUUGAUCCCGCCCACUCUGUUCGAGUUCGCUCAAACAUUCGCGGAUGAUCUGGCAAACAUCUUCAACAUCGACGCGACAGUCACCAAUGGUACCAAUGGCACGUCCGAUAGCAUCUUCCUGACGCUGGGCGAUCCAAGCGCCUAUCUCAACGCGUCAGGAGACCCGUCCCCAGAAGGUUACACUAUCUCUGUGAACUCGAACGCGAUCACCAUCACUGGUGCCAGCCCGCUCGGUGCCUGGUGGGGAACGCGGACAGUCCUGCAACAAGCCACACUGAACAAUGGGUCCAUCCAACAGGGCUCCGGAUCAGAUACACCUGGAUGGGCUACUAGAGGCAUGAUGCUUGAUGCCGGCCGCCACUUCUACCCCAAAGAGUUUAUCACGGAACUGUGUUCGUACAUGUCAUUCUUUAAACAGAAUACAUUCCACCUUCACCUCAGCGACAACCUAUACAACAAUGUGGCAAUUUACUCCGAAGAGCGCUCUCUGGAGUUGUAUGCUAGAUUUAGGUUGUGGUCUGACGCUGAAGCACUUGCGGGCCUGAACAAGUACAAGAACGAGUCAUAUACUCGCGAAGACUUUGACGAGAUCCAAUCGACAUGUGCUUCUCGUGGUGUCACCAUCAUUCCGGAGAUCGAGGCACCGGGUCACGCACUGGUCAUUGUGCAAUGGAAGCCUGAAUUGGGAUAUUCAGGUGACUUGAGUCUUCUGAAUAUCAGCCAUCCUGAGACGAUUCCAACAAUGAAAACGAUCUGGGGCGAGUUCCUUCCUUGGUUCCACACCAAGGUGGUCUCCAUCGGCGCAGAUGAGUACACCGGACCAUCGGCCGACUACAAUACCUUCGUGAACGCCAUGGCCAGCUAUGUCGGCGGUGAAUCAGGCAAGUUCAUUAGGAUAUGGGGCACGUUCCCACCGGUCUACAACGACACGUACCACAACAUCUAUCAAAACGUAUCUGUUCAACACUGGGAAUUCUUCGAGGAUAACCCCUAUUUCGACUACAUACUGAACAACUACUCCGUGGUCAACUCCAAUGACGAUUUCUACAUCGUGAAUAAGUGGGCUCCUGCAGGGGGAUACUUGAACCACAUCAACUUGACCAAGACAUUUUAUGGCACGCCGCCAGACGAAAGCUAUUGGCGUCCACAUGUCUUCGAUCAAAAGAACGCGUCCCAAAACCCUCCCGAGUCCAAUCCAUUCGUCCUGGGGUCUAUCGUCCCGAUGUGGAAUGAUUACGGCGCCAACACAUCAGUGUAUACCGAAGCGUAUUACGCCUGGCGUGACGGUAUCCCUGCCCUCGCCGACAAGCAAUGGGGAGGAAACCUAUCAGAGGCAGACUUUGGCAACGUAUUUGAGACCCUACAUCCUGCCGUACCCGGACAGAACCUCGACCGCACCAUUCCUUCUGAAGGCGAGGUCAUAUUCAAUUACACUUUUGCAGGCAACGCCUCGUUCGCAGACGCUUCGCCCAACAGCUUCAGCGUAGAAACCGACUGCGUAUCCAGUGGAUCCUUGCUCGCAGUGUCGCCUUCUUGCUCGGUCGUGACGCCGUUGUCAUCCAAAGGACGCAAUUACACACUCACACUCUCCGGGCUGACUAUCUCGUCGCUCGAUCUUCCCUCGAACGCAACGCUGCUGACUGGUGGCGACUCUACGCUCCUUUUGACGCCGAAUAUUACCUUCUUCGCUGGCGGCAACUACUUCCGUCUCAACACCUCGCUGCCUCUGAACGAGACGCUUGAUUUGAGCAUCAUCGCGCGAGGGAACAGGACCUAUGCGUCCGUCAAUUCUGCGCCUGAGGAAGAAUUUCUCACCAAGAUUGGGUACAAUGGCUUGAGCUUCCACUGGGCGGAGAUCGCCUUUGAGGCUCCUUUGAACAAGAUCGGCGGAGAAGGAAGUGGAUGGAGUGGGACGCUGGGUGGGUUCAGUUUGACUUCGACAGCGUGA